AUGACAAGCGUAGAGGUCAAGAAAGCCCUUGAGCAACUUCUACGUGAUCCCGAUAACCAGAAGUGCGCCGAUUGCAAGGCAUUAUCUCAUCCGAGGUGGUCUUCGUGGUCGUUGGGUGUGUUCGUGUGCAUUAAGUGCGCCGGCUUUCACAGGUCUCUUGGUACUCAUAUCAGUAAGGUGAAAUCUGUGGACCUUGACACUUGGAAGGAGGAGCAUCUGAGACAACUUGUUUACUUUGGUAAUAAUCGCAAUGCGAAUGCCGUGUUUGAAUCCGCACUGGGCGGCGGUACAUACAUGCCAGAUCAGAGCAAGGUCGGCCAGUUCAUCAAAACCAAGUACGAGCUAAGGAAAUGGUAUGGGAAGCCAGCUGUAGCAAGCACAUCUCCCUCAUUGUUGGAUAUGGAGAAGUCUCCUAAGGAAAUCGAAGGUAAAGAUGGGCGGCACGUGACUUCAAGUGCGAGUAGCACUCCUGAUAGUAAGACCAGCCGCAGUCCGGUGAGUACGUCUAUGAUGCGGAAUAUAUCGCCGGUGAGUAGUAGAGCUCAGCAGCAGCAGCAACAGCAGCAGCUCCCUGCGAACAACUCCAGACCUGACUUGAAAAAGUCAAUCCUUUCUCUGUAUUCCAAGCCAAAAACGUCGCAGUCGCUUUCCCCGCCCCCGGCAUCUGUCCCAAUAUCGGCGCCGCCUUCGUUCAAUCCUCAUAAUUCGACCGUUUCUCUUGAAGACAACGAGCUUUUUAAAAACGUCUGGACUUAG